UUAGAGAUGGAGUUUCUGAUGCCAUCCUUUAUUGAGGCAUUCCUGCUGUUCUUUGGAGUUACGUUGGCAAAGGUAACCAUGGAGCCAAAGGAAGGCAGCAUUGGCGGAGGAACCUGGAUCACACUGAGAUAUGAGGGCCUCUCACAUCCUAUCAAUUGGUCUCACCUGGAAGUGUCGCUCUUGAAUUCCGUGCUGCCUACAGUACUGUGUGACAUUCAGCCUGUCAGUUUUGAUCUGUCCACCACAAAAUGCCAAACAAGGGCUUCACAGUGGGGGGGACGCUACCAGCUCCACUUCACCCUGAAUGGGCAAAUGAUCAACAACACGAAGGAGCUGCAAUGCGACAACUGCACAUUUCAGUUCUCUGUUGCACACACUCCUGUGGUGUAUCGCGUGGACCCCCCCGAUGGAGUCCCAGGAAAUGUAAUGCAAGUCUAUGGUCUUAUCCUGGCCCAAGAAUUUGAUGCCUACAGUUUUAACACAGAUUUUAUUGAUGGCCCUGUUAUCCUCGAGGCCGAAAGAGAUGGAUGGAUAACCAUUUGUUCCCUUGCCAAUAAGCAGAUGCGCAGCAUAUAUCCCAUUCAAGUUGAUCAUGGUCUGGGAACUGUAGCAUGCCGAGUGGAAGGGAACCAUAUUGGGUCACAUAAUGUUAGCUUUACAGUGUUUAACAAAGGAAAGUCAGUGGUGAACAAGGAUUCUUGGCUUAUCAGUGCAAAACAGGACCUUUUCCUGUACCAGACAUUCUCAGAAAUAUUUUCUGUGUCUCCAGCUGCAGGGAGCCUGGGUGGUGGAACCGAUCUCACCAUCACAGGAGACUUUUUUGAUACACCUGUGCAGGUCACAGUUGCAGGCAGUCCCUGCAAAAUUAAGCAUGUUAUUCCACGAAAGAUCAUCUGUACAACUGGAGCCGUUGGUGAGCACAGAAGACUCAAUGGCCCUAAACCAGGAAACAGAGGGCUUCUUUUUGAGGUUUGGGAUGGAUCAGAUACAGAUUUUACUGAAGCAGCUCCUGGGUACCGCUGGCAGUUUGUCCCUAAUGCCAGUUCUCCGUUACAUUUCCAGUUUGAGAGACAACAGACAUUCAGGGCACGACUAUGUGGUUUUUUUGUGGCACCACAGACAAAUAAUUACACAUUCUGGAUCCAGGCAGAUGACGAGGCUUCUUUGUAUUUAAGCCUGUCCGAAGACUCCCAAAGCAAGGUGGAAAUUGCAUCUAUUCCUGCUGGCAUUCCUGAGUGGUCAGCGCAUUGGGAGGAGAACUGGAGCCACCCCUGGAAGCCAAAAUCUGAGAAAUUUGAGCUUACUGGUGGUUCAGUGUACUAUUUGGAAGCUGUGCAUCAUGGGAAGUCGCCAAAGAAUGGAAUGAGAGUUGGAGUCCAGGUGCACAAUACUUGGCUGAAUCCCAGUGUGGUUAAUACCUAUCGCAGAGAGAAGCACAAAAUACAGGCCUCUGCAGUUAGGCUUCCUGAAAUACAGAUGCUGAUACUAUCUGGUACAGGAUGGUUCAGGCUUGCCUGGGACAAUGUGACCACCAACCUUAUGUCAACAAAUAUUACAGCUGAACAACUCCAGAGAGAGAUAGAGGAUCUUCCUUCUUCAAAAUGUGAAACACAGCCAUCAUCUGCCAAAAUUAUUCUGCGGGAAGGAUUUGAGCAAGUAUUUCAAAGAGAGCCAAAGGCAGUCUGCCAUUGUGGGAACCUUGUGGAAUCCGUGUCAGUGGCUGGUGCUUCACCUGUAUAUAACGUGUCCUUCUUAAUGGCAGACUAUUGCAAGACUCUCCCUCUCUUCUCGUUGAGAGGAGCUGUGCCUUGGGAAGGAUCAGGAGGGAACGUGGGUGAGGCCCAAAUCAAUCUGACCGUGCAAAGAGUGCAGGCUGCAACCCCGCCUCUUGGAGGAACCUUUCAAAUCCAUCUGCCCAAUAUUGUGGUACCAGGCAUUCCAGUAUCCAUCUCUGCCCAUCACCUCCGCAGGCUCCUGCAAGCCUACAGUGAUAAUUUCACAGCUCAGUAUGUGAAUGCCAGUGACUUUUCGGUGUCUAAGGACUCGAGCAAUUGUUAUCAAAGUAUAUGGACACUGACCUGGACCUCAAUGAUUGGUGAUUUACCCAAUUUCAUCAGUGUGUCUGCUGAAAACCUCACUGGUUUGCGCCCAGCUAUUACACACCGUGUAGUAUUUGAUGGUGGUGUUUUUAUUGGUCCAAUAUUUGGAGACAUGCUUGCUACCCCAAAUAAUUUUACACAGGUUGUGGUUACAGUGAAUGAUAUUCCAGCAAACUGUUCCGGUUCAUGUACAUUUCAGUAUCUCUGGGAAUUGACCCCUUUGGUCAGUAAUGUUGAAUACUUUAUAGAUGAUGGAGUUCAUAUAGUCAUGAAUAUCACAGGUUCUGGCCUGAGUUCAAAUAGUAGUUCUUUGCUCAUAGAAGUGAACCACACACGCUGUGAAGUCUUGAGUUCAAAUCACACCAAUGCUAUUUGCCAGAUGAACUUGUUGCCGGUUGGCUUGUAUAAGCUUACAGUACUGGUGAGACCCCAUGGAUUUGCAGUCAAUGCUAGUAGAAAAGGUGGCAUCCUUCUGAGGAUUACGCCUAGGUUGACUUCUGUUGAACCUCCUACUGCUUCAGAGAUUGGAGGGAUUCCAGUAACCAUCAUGGGUUCAGGCUUAGAUGGGAUAAUCUCGGUGCAAUUUGGUUCCCAGCCCUGUCCAAUUAAUGCCAAUACCAGCAAUUCAAUGAAAAUUGAAUGCAGGCUUCCUCCUCGGAGUGGAGAAGACUAUACUCCCCGUCUCAUGCUGGUUAAUGAGCACGGGCCUGCAGUCUUUGCCAAUACAUUCACAUAUGAUCCAUCACUAAAUCCACUCAUUUUGUCAUGGAGCAGAAACAGAAGCAGCACAGCAGGGGGUCAGGUGCUCCACAUAGGAAUAUCACCCCUCACCAAUUAUACCUGUCUGGGCGUGCAGUUCAAAAUUCAGGAGUCUGUAGGACAAAUCCAAGCACUAUCAGAUCAUGGAAUCAGUGUGGUGCUGCCUUCUCUGACAAAUGGAUUAUACAGCUUUUCUGUCAUUUUCAAUAACGUCUCACUAGGCACUAGCGGAGUGGAGCCAUUAAUCCAGUAUGUCACAGAGAUCUUCAAAAUGGAGCCAUGUUGCGGUUCCUUGCUGGGUGGGACAUUGCUCACAAUCUCCGGAACAGGCUUUACCAACAGCCCAGACAUGGUCUCAGUCUUGGUAGGCUCACAGCUUUGUCCCGUUACCAGUGUGAACGAUGGGAGGAUUUUGUGUCAGACUCCACCUGUCACUCAGCUAGCCAAUGCCACCUUAAAAGACUUCCCAGCGCAAGUGGAGGUGCUCAUGGGCAACAGGUCAUCUGUGGACACGCCUGCCUUGAGUUUCUCAAAGGAGAACGUUAACUUUCUUUACAAAACGUCUUUGACUCCAGAUAUUACAGAUAUUAGAGUAGAAAUGCUGAAUGAUAGUUUACGGCUGAGCAUAAAUGGAACCCAUGUGACCAAUUCAAUGACUAUGCUGGGAGAUGAGGAAUGCCAACUUGAGGUGGAGAACACCAACCACUCUGCGGUCGGAUUUCAGUGCUCUGUACCCCUAAGCGCACUAGAACCAGGACAGUAUCUUUUAAGAAUUCUCCAGAGGCAAGUGGGCUAUGCCAACAUACCAGCAGAGAUGCAGCAUGUAACGGUAGCCCCCCUUAUAAAGACGAUUUUUCCGUCUCGUGGCUCCAUAUGUGGAGGGCAGUUGCUCACCAUAUCUGGUGUUUCUUUAAAAUCGUGGGCAAAUUCAGCUUGGGUGAAUCUAAUGGGCAACUUCACCUGUGAGAUUCAGAGUUCAAACAACAGCCUCAUAAAAUGUGCCCUUUCCCCAGGUGAUCCUGUUCUGAAUGACUGGCAGCUGCGUGGUGCGUCUCAAGUCCUUAGCGUCACGGUGACUGUGAAUGGGAUCACUAGCCACUGCCUGGGGGGCUGCUCACUUCACCUUCUUGAAAACCUGACCCUUGUUAUUGAUGCUGUGACCAUGAAGUGGAACGGGAGGCUCACUUACUUGUUGAUCAGAGGCCAGCAAUUAGAUAGAGCAGGGGAUGAAACCUUGAUAGAGGUGGAUGGUCAUCUCCCUUGCAACGUCACGACUUUGAAUGAAACCUGGAUCAGGUGCCAGACAGGCAGCCUUGGUGCUGGAGAACACAGUGUUUCUGUGCUGAGCAGAAGCUGGGGUCAAGCGUGCCUGAGGCAGAAAGGCUCCAGCAUUUUCAGAGUUGUUCCCCACGUCCUUCAAUUUUACCCCCAGAAUUUCAGCGUCAACGGCAGAGGCCUCCUCACACUAGAUGGCAUGGCAUUACGAGGCAGGAACGAGACCUCCAUUCUCAUAGGAGAGCGCCACUGUCCCCUCACCAGGGUCACAUACUGGGCUCUUGGGUGCCUCACCCCUCCAGGCACUGGGGUUGCCACAGUACAGCUGAACAUAGAUGGUGCCUCGUACCAUAUCGGGGAAAUAAACUACAGUGAAGAUUCCACACCUGUCUUUCUUUCCCUUCUACCUUCUGUGAAUCAGCAUCUGACAAUCAGGGUGUCACGGAUCAGGCGGACAGAAGACAUGUAUGUUUUCAUUGGGGGCUCUCCCUGUGCCAAUGUUGUUGGCAACAACACAACUUUGAGCUGCAAACUCCCGCAGCUUCCCGCCGGGGAGUAUAACGUCACAGGCGGAGAUGCCCUCCGAGGGUGGGCUUCCUCCCACUUGGUGUUCCCUUCUGUCCUGAUGGUUAUGUCUGUGAACAACAGCUUUGGUUGCCUAGGUGGUGGAGAAAUACAUAUACAUGGGACUGGAUUCUCUCCAGGAAAUACUUCUGUUACCAUCUGUGGUGCUGUCUGUGAGAUGCUGGAUGUCACCCCAACUGAUCUGCGAUGCUUAGCCCAACCUUUGAAUGCAUCCAUAGCAGUUCUGUGUGGCUUGGCAUGCUCUUUGGAAGAUAAGGGAGAUGAUGACUGGAAGCAGCUAGGUGCAGCACUGAUCCAGUGUGACAUCCAAAUCAGAGCAAGGGCUUCUGUUGUGACCGCAGCCACACCGUACCGAUACCUUUGUGACGAUUCGACAUGUUCCUCUUCGCUGCCUCGCAAGGCUUCUGUCAACUCACCUGGCAUCCAUUUUGCUGGCCUUCUUAUCAGCCCUAAAGUGGAAAGAGAUGAAGUUCUCAUCUAUAAUAGCUCCUGUAACAUUACCAUGGAAACUGAGGCAGAGAUGGAGUGUGAGGAACCUAAUCAGCCAAUUACCGCCAAGAUUACUGAGAUAUGGAAAGAGCGGGGCCAGAACACUCAGAGCACCCUCCCUCUUAAAUUUUGUGGAUUCUGGUCAAAGAACACCAGUUGGCUUACUGGGUACCAACCACAAGAUGGCGAUAACGUCACAGUAGAAAGAGGCCAGACUUUGUUCUUGGAUACAAGCACAAGCAUCCUUAACUUGCUUCAUGUCAAAGGAGGCAAGCUUGUGUUUGUUGGCCCUGGGCCAAUAGAGCUCCAUGCUCAUUACAUUCUGGUAUCAGAUGGAGGAGAACUUCGGGUUGGCUCUCCUGGUCAGCCUUUCUGUGGCAAAGCUCACCUGCACCUCCAGGGCAGUUUGCACUCUCCAGCAUCCUUUCCAUAUGGGGCCAAAUUUCUGGCUGUGAGGAACGGAACCCUUUCUAUGCACGGUUGUGUCCCUAAAGUGACAGUCACACACUUGAAAUCAGCCGCACAUCCCAAUGAUACAAAAUUAGUUCUGGUGGAUCAUGUGGACUGGAAACCUGGAGAUGAAGUUGUUAUAUGUGGAGGAGGGCCUAGAGAUGCCCAGAAGCAAGAGGAAGUAGUGGCUGUCAAGACUGUAAAUGGCACAGAACUCUAUGUUUCAUCUCCACUCAGGUAUCCUCAUGGUAUUGCUGAAGAACAAGUGUCUGGAGAGCACCAUGUUUUCAGAGCUCUUGUGGCAUUGGUCAGUCGGAGUGUGGUCAUCUAUGGAAAUGUCACCACGGAAAGGGCUUCCCACCUGCAGCAGUGCAAAGAAACUGAUAUUUCAGGAGAUGUCUCAGAAUGUUUCUACAAGAAAAGUGAGCGGAAACUUGGAUCGCGGGAUAUGGGGGCUGUUGUCAUUGUGCAGUCCUACAGUGGUGAAGAGACUCAGCUUCGUUUAGAAGGCGUACAGUUCCGGCAUGUAGGCCAAGCUUUCCAGAAGCAUCUCAGUGCACUGACCGUUGCUGGAAAUGCCCACAUGACUAAUUCUUAUUUUCGAAACUGUGCUGUAUUAGAUUCGUUUGCUCGUGGAAUUAGCCUACAUGGGGUGUCAGAUUUCAGGGUGGAAAAUAACAUUUUUUACAACAUUAUGGGCCAUGGAGUUAGAGUGGGAGAUUCACUGGAUCAAAAUAACCUAUUAAGGCACAAUACAAUUAUUGGGCUUUCUGGAACUGAUGGGCUUUCCAGUGUUGAAACCUUGUCACCUGCUGGAUUCUACAUCCAGGCUCCUGAUGAUUCGAUAGAGGGUAACACAGUGUGUGCUGCGGGACACGGCUAUUUUUUCCACCUUUCUCCUUCAGGACCAUCGGAGGCUCCAGUUCUGUCCUUCAGUAAGAAUCGAGCCUAUUCUUGCACAAGCUUUGGACUCCUAAUAUACCCAGAAUAUCACCCUCAAAAAGCAAACGCCACAUUGCCUGUUACAUUCGAAACCUUCACAGCUUGGCAAUGUGAAGGUGGAGUUAAGAUUAUUAACAGUAGCAACCUACAGCUUCGGAGCUUCCACAUCUCUUCUUGCAAAUCUUUUGGAAUUGACAUUGUGGAGAGUCUUGGAAACACCUCUGUUGUCAAUAGUUUAAUACUUGGUCACUUGCAUGAGAAGGAUGGAAGUUGUAUGCAGGCAGGACUGAAAACUCCCAAAAGGCAUGAACUAUUGAUUUCAAAUACAACCUUUAUGAAUUUUGACAUUUCCAAUUGCACUGCAAUCAUCACCUGUUCUGGUUGUUACCAAGGUCAAGGCGGAUUUGCUGUGAGGUCUGAACAAGUGCUACUUCUAAAUGCCCCGAAUUGGAUAUCGUUCCCAUUUCCUCAUUGUGCGAUUCUUAAAGAUCUAGAUGGCACAAUCACAGGGCAAAGGGGGAGCUAUCUCCUCCCUUCUGUGGAUACGCUUCCAGAUUCUUGCUUGCCAAGUGUCAAUGCCAGCCAAGUUGCCAGUGGCAGUCUUUGCUAUGGAAAUGUUACUUUCCACCGUAUGUCUAUUGGUCUAAAGGCCCCGAUCUGUCCUUAUAAUUUAAAAGUGACUGAUAGCCGCAAUAAGACAACCAUGGUCAGUUAUGUCUCUGACACUCUGUCAAAUGCAAAUGGCUGGAUGGUUCUUCUUUUGGAUCAGGAGACUUAUAUUCUGUCAUUCAACAACUCUCUGCUGAGUGAAAACCUGCAGUAUAUUGCUACGUUUGAUAAUUUCACAACUGGGAAUUAUUUAUUGCUGGAACAUGAGGUCCUAUCACCCCGCAUCAAUGUUACAGUGACCUGUGGUACACAGAAAGGAUUGCCACUCCUGUCGUUACCUUCGCAUAAGCACAAUAAAGGCUGUGACUGGUUUUUCGAUUGGGAAAGAAGGAAGUUAACUUACUUAGUUACAGGUCAAGGCACAAUCCAAGUGGCAUUCCAAGCAGAAGUCGCACUCCCUUUACCAGUGCCCGAUCCAGUUCCUCCUCCUCCACCACCUCUUCUGAGAUGGUCCCUUUCUGAGUCUUGGGAUGGUGUGAGAAAUGGCUGGGGUGGCUACAAUAAGACCAUACCAUCAGCUGGUCAAGACGUCAUCAUUUUGCCUGGCAGAAGCAUCUUUGUGGAUACAACUCUCCCUCCUGUACGAGGCCUCUAUAUCCAGGGCACACUGGAAUUCCCAUCAAAUUCCAGCAAUGUACUUAGCGCAGCCUGUAUUGUGAUUGCUGGCGGUGAACUGAGAGUGGGUACUUUGCAGCAUCCAUUAGAAAGAGGAAGAGAGGUGCAAAUUCUGCUUCGUGCAUCUGAGAGAGUUUAUUGUGAUCGAUUACACGGCUUCAGUGCUGAUCCUGGAACCAUUGGUGUUUAUGGGAAGCUGCAGAUACAUAGUGCUUAUACCCAGAACUCUUGGACAUACCUUGGAAGAGAUGCUGCUCCUGGCAAUGAAAGGAUUAUGGUACAAGACGAAUUGGACUGGCAUUCUGGGGACAAUAUUGUUAUCAGUUCGUCUUCCUAUGAAGCCCAUCAGGCUGAAAUACUCACUUUGGAAGAAGUCAACCGUCGUAGCCUUAGAAUCCGUGAACGUCUACUCCACAGACACACAGGACAAUCCCACAGAUUAGAAAAUGGACAAUGGAUUCCUCUGGCUGCAGAGAUUGGCCUUCUCACAAGAAAUAUACAAAUUAAAUCUGACAUGGAUUGUGCUGGGGGGAUCUUAGUGGGACACCAUGCCAGUGGAGCCCAGGAUGCAGGUAUCCUCCAGCUUUCUAAUGUUGAAAUUUUGGGCUGUGGAUCUUCACUGUCUCCAGCCAUUGGCAUCAGGAAUGCAUCCCAUGAAUCUUUCAUAAUCUCCUCCAGCGUUCACCAAAGCUGUGGAGCUGGCAUUCAGGCGCUUGCAAGCAGUGGACUCCUAUUACAUGGCAACGUGGUAUUUGGAACCGUUGGUCAUGGCAUACAUUUGGAAGGCCAAAAUCAUACCCUUACCGGGAAUCUUGUUAUUCUGAGCAAACAGCCGGGGCAAUCAGUACACUGGGUGACUGGCAUCAAAACAAAUGCUGUAGAUGGUGCCCGCCUACAGAACAAUGUUGUAGCCGGAUCAGAACGGAUAGCCUUUCAUAUCAAAGGGCAAGAAUGUUCCUUACCUGAGACCCUUUGCACUGACAAUGUGGCUCAUUCAAGCCUUCACGGGAUACAUUUAUACAGAGGAGAUGGCUUUCCAAACUGCACCAAAAUCACAGGCUUUCUGUCCUACAAGAACUAUGACUAUGGGAUCAUGUUUCAUCUUAAAGGAAACAUAGUGUUAGAGAAAGUGAUGCUAGUGGACAAUGUUGUGGGUCUCCUGCCAGUGCUUUACAGCCCACCUGGUGAUCUGCAGUCCCACCUGGAAAGGCUGUCCGUCAUACUACGAGACUCUGUCCUUGUGGCCACAAGCUCUUCCUUUGAUUGCAUCAAGGACAGAAUCCAACCUCUUGCAGCUGACUUGACAAGUACUGACCGAGCUCCACGUAAUCCUUGGAGGGGUCGAGUUGGGAUACUGUGGCCUUCUUUCACCUCUGAUCAUAGCUGGUGGCCUGAUAGCCCAUGGCAUAAAAUGAGAAAUUAUUCCGUAGUGCUGGGAAUCAUGAAGUUACAAGAUGUCAUCUUUGCUGGCUUUAGGAGAACUUGCUACAGUGACGACAGAGACAUCUGCAUCAUGACGAAUCCUGACGGUGCAGGCAUUCUGCACCUGGUCACAUCCGAAAGGGCAAGCAUGCUCCAUGUCAGUGAACAAAAUGUGUUCUAUUUCCACCCACUGCAAAAUAGAGAAAAUGAAUCAAAUGAAUCAUGUGUUGCUGUGAUCUGUGGGAGCUCAGGAAAAGCUCUUUUCAAAGAUUUGGAUGGAAGUGCCUUGAGACUGAAUCCACCUGUGUCUGUCUUCCCCAAAUCAGAGUUUGAAACAGAACAACCGUGUUUGGAUGCUGGCAUUUACAGAGAAGACAGAAAGUGCAUCUACAAACCGUCAUCAAAUGUGUAUUUCUGUAGAGAAGCAAACUAUGCAGUGGUGGUUUUAGAAAGUACAGAUACAGAAGCCAGUCACUGGAAGCUCUCUCCACCCGUGAUGGUGACCGACACCUUCAUUGAUACCUUCAGCGAAGCCACUUCACGGGGAUCCUGCUGUGCCACAGAGCAUUCAUCAACAUUUUACUCAAUAUUGCCAUUGAGCAAGCUCUCAAAAAUUUGUUUCAAUGGUCCGGUGCCUUGGUCGCUAAGACUCUACUUAAACAGUGGUCACAACGCUACAAGGAUUCUCUUAGCUAUCUUUUAUGAUCAGCCACGAAGCUUCCGUGUUUUUGUUAAAGGGAACUAUAUGCCACCAGUUUUGUUGUUUCCCAGACCUUCAUUGGCAAAUGCUGCGACGGGAACCAAUUACUUCAGUUUUCAUGAGAAUCUUCUGUAUGUUGCCAUUCAUUGGGAUGAACCUAUUGAAAUACACACAUACAAUUCUCUUCAUGUUGCUUUCACUAUAGCAGAGGCCGAGGCAGUGGUGAUUCAAAGGCUGACUAUUUUUUUACAGAUUGGGCGGGACCAAGUCAGAACAGUCCUCAACACAUCUGGAAGUGAGAGCACCUUAAAUACCAUAGCAGACAAUGCGACAAAGAGGAAAUACCAGUGCCCCCCUAUGAAGUCAUGUGCAUUCAUUCAUCAUAGAGCUAGCCAGCAGAAAACUCAAACAGGUUCAGCAACCUUUGGGGGCUUGCUGCCACCCGAUUCAUUCACUGGUUUGAGAGUGCUGAUCCUUGAAAUAAGUGAUCCAAGGUACAAGCCUGCCUCCUCAUUUUCAGGUGACAGGUUGACAAGUUUAGCCAAUGCUCUUAUCAAUGCCCAACAGACUGGUGAACUUCAGCAUGCCCUCAAAAUACCAGUUGAUACCCUAGUGGUGAUGGUGUCUGCCACUUCAGUUCCGGCGGAGGGAAGUUCCAGAAAUGGAAGCAGCCAAACUCCAGGAAGUUGCCUCUAUGUCAGGCCUUACAACAUCUCUGUCCGGAUCCAGCCCGCUAAUGGGGUGACGGAAAGCCCCCUUCCCAGGCAACCACAGGUCAUCUUCCUGGAUAAGAAGGGUCGAAGAGUGGCAACACUAGGCUUCCCCUCCAAACCAUGGGUUGUGACAGCCUUUCUGAAAGGCACUCCAGACGCUGUGCUGAAAGGUGACACAAGGGUAAAGGUCCAAGAUGGAAAGGCUGCCUUUCAAAACCUGGUGGUCUCUGGGUCCUGCUCAGGUUGUUACCUCUUUUUCAAAGUGACUUCUCCUCCAGGUGCUAUAUUAUCUGUCAGAUCCAAUUCUUUUACUAUAUACCCCAUUACUGUGACAGAAAAAUCAGCCAUAAUCUUCACUGCUGCAUUGGGAUCUGCAGCCUCUCUGCUUGUUUUGGGAUCUGUUGUGAUCUGUUGGUCCAAGAAAACAAGAAGGAACAAUAUGAGGAAAGGAAAGGAAAUGCAAUCAAAAACAUUGUCCAUGGCCAUGAACAAAAACAGGAUCAGAAAACCUUUGAAGAAGAAGAAGCAUGUCCAUAUUCAGGCAAAUCAGCAGAUACUUCAUGCCCAACCAUGCUUCAUCCAGGAGGAGAAUAAACACAACAUUACUGCUAGGAGAGAAGUAGACCUGAAGCUGCAUGAGGAACAUGAAAACACAGCAGAACCAUUCAGGAAGUUCCACCAACAAGCAUUUAACAGCACAGCAGUGGGAGCAGCAAACAGAACCAAGCAAGGCCAUCGGUCCCACACUGGGACAUCCAAAUGGGGGUCUCUGGAACUUCAGCAGCUGAGCAUCAAGGAGCUUAAUGACUGGAAGGAUACCAAGCAACAUUUCUCGGACUACGCUCAGCAGAAGGAAACAAAGAAAGGGCAAUUCACAGAUAAAAUAUAUAAAAGACCCUCAGAGAAGCCUGCCUUGAGGUCAGGAGGGGAUAUUAGGGAGAAACAGCAAGUUGUAGUACCAUAAUAAUACGUAAACUAGUUCCUGGGAUAGGAUUCAUGAUAAAUAAUAUGGGAGUUCACAAAUAAAUGUGCUUUAAAAACUCAAAUAGUUUCACUCAUUGACAAUCCAAGAACCACCAAGCUUUUUUAAAAAAAAUGUAUUUAUUGAAGAU